AUGUUUGUUGACGAAAAUUUAGCCCAAAUUUCUCAAGAUAUUGGACUUCUUUCACUUGGAGCAAAUGACAAACAAAUUGAACAAUUAGCUACAGUUUAUUGGUUUAUUAUUGAAUUUGGACUUUGUAAACAAAAUGGUAAAAUUUGUGCAAUAGGAGCUGGGUUACUUUCCGCUUAUGGAGAAUUAAAGUAUGCCUGUUCUAAUGAACCCGAACACGAACCAUUUAAUCCAGAAAUUACUUCAUUACGGUGA